UUGAAACUUUUUAGUCCCUGUGUAACAAGUUUUAAAAUAUGUCAGACAGAAAAGAAGAAAGAGAUUACAAAAGUAGAGAUGUUGAUUAUGAUAAAAACCGGGAAGAUCGUCACAAGUAUAAACAAAAAGAAAAAAAAGAAAAAAAGAAACAUCGUCAUCGAUCAAGAUCACGCACAAGAUCACGCUCACCUGAUAGAAAAAGACAUCGGUCAAGGUCAAUAUCAAAGGAGAAGGAUGACUCUUCUGCAAGAAUGGCAAAAAAGAAAAAUUUGCUUAAUAAAGAGCUGGCAACAGAGGAUUUAGAGGAAGGGGAAUGGACAGCUCCUCCAAAAAGAGAGCCAUUAUCAUUAGAGGAAAUGAUUGCAAAGAGAGAUGCUGAAAAAAAAGCUUUAGAAAAGCCCAAGUUUUUAACAAAAGAGGAACGUAUGGCUGAGGCAUUAAAAAAGCGUCAAAAACUUGCAGAAGAGCAGCAAAAGAAAUUAGAGGCUGAACGUUUAUCAAGGCUACAGUUUGCAAAAGAAGCUGAGAGAAGUCGAGAUGACUUUGAUAGAGGAGAUAGAUAUAGCAGAGAAAAGUAUAGAAGAGAAAGAGAACGUGAACGUGAAAAAGAAAAAGCAGAACGAACAGAGAAUACUGAUGUUGAUGGUUCAAAAGACGUGAUGUUGAAGGGCAGAGACAGAGAAAAAGAACUUGAAGCUAUCAAAAAUCGGUAUCUUGGAGUAAUAAAGAAAAAAAAGAAAAUUCGUAGAUUAAAUGAUAAAAAAUUUGUUUUUGAUUGGGAUACUUCUGAAGAUACUUCACAAGACUAUAAUGCAUUAUAUAGAGAAAGACAUGAAGCUUUGCUCUUUGGGAGGGGAAACAAAGCAGGGAUUGAUAUUAAGGUUCAAAAGAAAGAAAGUAAGUUUUAUGAACAGCUCAUGGAAAAGAGGCGAACAGAAUCUGAAAAACUACAAGAAAUAAAAAAUUCAAAUCGUAUAAUAGCCAAAGAAGACAAACUUAGCCAUAAAGAACGUCACUGGAAGAUGAAAGAACUUCAUGAGAUGACAGAUCGUGAUUGGCGUAUUUUUAAAGAGGACUUUAGCAUUUCCGCAAAAGGUGGGAAAAUUCCCAAUCCCAUACGAUACUGGCGUGAUUCUUCUCUACCGAAUGAUAUUCUUGAUGUUAUUCUCAGUUUAGGAUACACGGAUCCGACACCAAUUCAACGUCAAGCCAUUCCUAUUGGUCUUAUGAAUAGGGAUAUUAUUGGAAUUGCAGAAACUGGAAGUGGUAAAACAGCUGCUUUUGUUAUUCCACUAUUAGUAUGGAUUACUGGAUUACCAGAAUCUGAUAGGCAAUCAGUCUCUGACAAUGGCCCUUUUGCUAUAAUCUUGGCUCCUACAAGAGAGCUUGCCCAGCAGAUUGAAGAAGAAACUAUUAAAUUUGCAAAGAAACUUGGUAUACGUACAGUUGCAGUAAUUGGUGGACUUUCAAGAGAAGAUCAAGGUUUUCAACUGCGUCUUGGUUGUGAGAUUGUUAUUGCAACUCCUGGUCGUCUUAUUGAUGUUUUAGAAAAUCGCUAUUUGGUUUUAAGUCAAUGUUCAUACGUUGUAAUGGAUGAGGCUGAUCGCAUGAUUGAUAUGGGAUUUGAACCUGAUGUUCAAAAGAUUCUAGAACAUUUACCUGUCACUAACAUCAAACCUGAUACUGAGGAAGCUGAAGAUGUUAAUGUAAUUGCUAAGAACUAUUCAUCAAAAGAUAAAUAUAGACAAACUGUGAUGUUUACAGCUACUAUGCCUCCAGUUGUAGAAAGGCUAGCUCGUACAUAUCUUAGGCGACCAGCCAUUGUUACAAUAGGUUCAGCAGGUAAACCUGUUGACCGUGUUGAACAAAAAGUUUACAUGCUCUCUGCUGCACAAAAGAAAAAGAAACUAUUAGAAAUAUUGAGUAACAAACUUGAUCCUCCAGUCCUUGUCUUCGUUAACCAAAAAAAAGGUGCUGACGUUUUGGCAAAAUCAUUGGAGAAACAAGGCUUUUCCGCAACAACACUUCAUGGUGGUAAAGGCCAAGAACAGAGAGAGUUUGCUUUAAAUUCAUUAAAAGAAGGCAAUAAAGAUAUUCUAGUUGCAACAGAUGUAGCCGGUCGUGGUAUUGAUAUCAAGGAUGUAUCCAUGGUUAUCAAUUAUGACAUGGCGAAAAAUAUUGAAAGUUAUACGCAUCGUAUCGGUCGCACAGGUCGUGCUGGAAAAAGUGGUAUUGCUGUUACAUUUUUGACUCAAGAAGACUCUGAAGUAUUUUACGAUCUUAAGCAGUUGCUGCUUAGUAGUUCGGCAAGCAGCUGUCCGAGCGAAUUAAUGAAUCAUCCAGACGCCCAACAUAAGCCUGGUACCGUAUUGACCAAAAAACGAAGAGAAGAAACCAUUUUUGUGUAGUAGCAGAUAAUUGUGUUUCCUACAAACUUCUUGUCGAUUUGUUAUUGGCUAUGUAAAAACUUUAUCAUAUUUUACAAUACUUUUUGUGUAUUACUUGA